AUGGAUUCACAAAAUUUAUCGGACGAUUUUGUUUUACCAUACAGUACUAAUCUCGCCACAGAAUCAUAUAACACUGCUUCGCUACGAACUGCAAGAAGGCAUGUCCUGGCACACACUGAUAACCUUUCUCUCCCGGGAACAAUAACAAAUCAUGAGAUAAAUCCAUUAUCAUCCGUACUGUCACAUUAUACAACUAAUGAACGUAUAUAUGAUGUGACAAGGAAAACUUCUAACUCAAGUCUUGCAAGCACUCUUACAAAUGAAGUUUCUACUCUUAAUAGUGACACUCCUUUGAUUGAUUCCUCUAAUUCCAACCCUGAUAAUAAAAAUACUGUACAUGAUAAUUCUCCUUUACUCUCUCCGUCUCGUUCUACACGUCAAUUUACUCACAUUCAUAAAAAGAGAUUAUCGAGAACUAUGCAACAUAUUUCCUCUUUUAUAAGAAUAACCGUAAAUAUUUCUCCAACUAUUUCAUUUCCUGUUACUAUCGAAAAAUCAUAUACGGUCGAAAGGUUGGCCAGGCAAAUCGAAGCUGAAUAUGCUUUUAAAUAUGGUGAUAUUGAAGGUUGUCUUCAUGAACCUCUUGAAGUAGGUUUACUUUAUGACGUUAGUAUGGUUGCGUUGCGAUUUCGCGAUCUCGUAGGUGAUGUUUUAGAACAUGGUGAUGUUGUUAAUGUACUUAAUAUUUAUGAAGAUUGUAAUGAUCUCGAAUAUGCUGAAGUUUUUGACUUUGAAUUUCAAGAUUUUAAUCUUGAUAAAGAUUUUGUGCUAAGUAACAAUAAGGAGAAUCGCAGUUUCAGCUUGCCAAUUACUAAUGAUGAUAUUUCACAGAUAAAUGAUAACCCCAUUCCUUUAAAUCAAACUAUACAUCCAUCUAUUUCUCCUGUAUCUGAUCCUUAUCUUUCAUUAAAUCUAUUGCCUUCUACCUCACAAAACUCUCAAUCUAAUUUUAGAUCUAUUCUUAAUAAUAUUCUUGCUCUAAAUUAUUUUCAAAAAUUCACCAUUCGAGAAUUUUCUGUUGAAAAUUUGUUAUUUUGGCUUGAUAUUGAACUUUUUGCUGCUGGAACUUGUGAUAUAGAAGAUAAUUAUUUUGAAGAUCAACAAACUGCUAUCAUUCAUGCACGAUAUAUCUAUUUAACUUAUAUAAGUUCAAAUGCUCCUUUACAAGUUAACCUUAGUGAUGAGAUAAGAAAAGAUAUCACUUGGCCAUUGGAUGAUGAUUGUAUAAUAGAAAGAAAUAUGUUUGAUGAAGCGCAAGAGGCUGUUUAUCAAUUAAUGAAAGGUCAUUCUUUUACGCGAUUUGAAACAAGUCCCGAAUGGGAAGAAUGUGAAAAUAUAAAGGCGGAUAACCCUAAAGAAUAUGAAGAUCGUGAAAUGAUUGAACCACUUGAUCGUUAUUUCCGUCCGAAUAUGUCAUUAAUGCUUGCUAUCACCAUGGCACUUGGUGAUAAUUGUAAUCCUGCUCCAACUUCUCAUCAUUACAAAGAACAAACUUUACAUUCUAUUCUUUCUCAAUAUUUUCCUGAGACUAUUCUUCUUGACAACAAUGGAAAAAGAAGAGAACAAGAUAAUAUUGUAAAUGAGCAAUCGAAAGAAGGUGUAUCUUUGAAUGGUUAUUUUAAUAAUGAAAAUAGAAUGACCAAUGCUCAAAAAAUGAGAAAAAUCAAAAAAGAACGAAAACUUCGGUGGGUAUUUGGUGAAAAGAUUGGAAGAAUUAAAGAUCAACCUGUAAAUUUACCUGGUGGAUUUCGAUAUGGUGACGGAAAGUUAAGAUUUGACGACGAUGAUGAUGAUGCAAUUAGCUUGUUUUCUAAUGAAUCAGAAAGUAAAAAAUUGGCUAAAGAUAUAUGGCAUAAGAAGAAGAAGAAAGAUAAAUUGGAAUCUAUAUUCGGUCGUGGGUUAAAAGAUCGAAAUAGUUUCAAAGAUUCGCUACCAAGAUCACUUGAUAACACAUCUACACCUAAAAAUAAUGCUCGUGAUAAUAUCCAUUCAUUCACAUUAAAUGUGUUAAGUCCGAAUGAUCGAAGAAGAAUGGUUAAAAAGAACAAAAAAUUACAAGUAAUGCUUGGUGAAGCUUUGGAUGAAAACAUGAUUCGUCAAACUAUAACUAUUCCGGCUGCACAAUCACCGAGAUUAUCCUACAAUCAAAGUAAAUUUAAUAGCGAAAUCGGCGUAUCAAAUAGAACUCACCAUGUUCGUAGAGCCUCUGAUUCAAUGAUUAUAACACCACUGCCUUCACCAAACAGUAUUAUAACUCCACCAGCGACCCCUCCCACUUUAUCAGAUGAAAACGAUGAAAAAGAUAGCCUAAAACGUCAAUCUAUGAACUCUGCGAUUGCAUUCACAAAUUCCAAACAUGCUCCAUUAACUUUUGCCAACAGAGACACUAAAGAGUAUCGAAGAAAAAAAUUACAAAAACUUUAUAAUUUUCUGGGUGAACGUGUUCCUAUUGACAUUGUAUUGGGUGAAAGUGAUAGUGAUAGGAUUUCACUUCCGGAACCAUUACCGGAUCCACCUAAACGAAAAUCUAGGGGAAGGCCAAGUUCUUUAUCGUUUAACUCGAAAAAGUAUACAUCAACAAGCUCGAAUGAUAAUACUGAUGUUCGAACAUCAAACACUCCAAGGUUAUCUGCGAUAGAUAGAAGACGUCAUCUUCACAGAGCAAUCAAAUUAGAAAAAAUGUUUGGAGAAGCUCCUCCCCAGGAUCUUAUAGUUCAGAAGUUACGUUCCAGAAACCUUACUGAUUCAGUAUCAUCCAUUGACAUUCAUCGUAGGAGCAUAAUGUCUCUUGAGUAUUUAAUGGAAAAUGAUAGAGAGGCUGUGUAUGAUCUCAUUGAUUACAUAGUAGAUAGUGAUGGUGAAAAUGGCAAUGAUGAGGAGUAUAAUGAACAAUUUGCUGUACCAUUAUCAGCCCCUGCAACUCCUCAUCCUGGUAAUUCAUUGAAAUUUGAUUUACCUCCAACAGAUCAGAAACAACAAAAAUUGAAGGGAAUCCGUAAACUAUCUCACUUCUUUGGGGCAACUUAUGGACAAAUGUUCCCUGAUCAAGUUCUUGGAGAAUUAUUAGGAGACCUUGAAAGAGAAAUUAGAGAAGAGGCACGACAAAAUGAAGUUGAUAAAGCUGUUGUUGUAGGAUUAAUGGGUCAAUUAGAAGAAUUAAGAGCAAAAAGUGGAGAGUUAGGACCAAAUUCAGAUGAUGAUGAAAAUGCUAUUGAUGAAGAAUUAUCUUUGACAGAUAAUGAAACAGAUGAGAUACGUAAGAGGUUAGAACUAAAUCGUAAAAAGAGAGAUCUUAAACCAGAAAGU